GAACACUGCGACAGCGAGCAGCAACCACGAGACCGACCACCAGAGCGCUUCCGAAUUUGACACCUGCCAUCAUGACUGAAUCUGCACCGGUACCCAACGAGAAAGCGGUACCCAACGGAAACCCGCCACCGCCUUUCUAUUUGCCUUUUCCUGACAGACCAGAACUCAUAACGGAGAACUUAUUGAAAUUGGUUGAGUUAACCCCUGACCCGAGACACAAGUUUCUCGCUCGGACACUCAUAACUCACUUGCAUCAAUUCGUGAACGAGACCAGUCUCACGACCGAGGAAUGGAUGACUGCGAUCCAAUUCCUCACUCGCGUGGGUCAGACCUGUACUCCUCUACGCCAAGAGUUCGUACUCUUGUCAGACACGCUGGGAGUAUCGGCACUCGUAGACGCAAUCAACAACCCUCCCAUAAGUGGUGGGACGGAAAGUAGCGUCCUCGGCCCCUUUUUCACAGAAGAUGCGCCUGAUGUUGAAAAUGGCGAGUCCAUUGCAUCAGAAGGCAAGGGAGAGUAUAUGUACGUGGAGGGGCGCGUCCUCAGCACAGAUGGCACACCGGUCUCCGGAGCGACUGUCGAAACAUGGGAAACUGAUGCUCUCGGAUAUUAUGACACUCAAUAUGAGCACCGAGACAAGCCUGACUGCCGCGGUCGUUUGCGCACCGACAAGGAUGGCAAAUAUGGAUAUCGCGCAGUCGUUCCAGUAGCGUACCCGAUUCCAGGAGAUGGACCCGUCGGAGCUAUGGUCGUGAAGCUUGGAAGACAUAAUAUGCGACCAAAUCACUUACACAUGAUGAUCGAGGCUCCAGGUUUCAAUAAACUCACGACUGCGCUUUACCCCGAGGGCGACCAGUGGCUCAGCAGUGACGCCGUUUUCGGGGUUAAGAAGUCGCUCGUAGUGUCGCUUCGAGACGUUUACGACGACGCCGAGUCGCGAAAGCGUGGGUUCCCGAAGGGCGGUUCCUUCAAACUUCUACAACACGAUAUCAUCCUCGUCCCUGAGGCAGAUUCAAAAGCUGCCAGAGCACAGUAUGCGAGAGAGCGAGCGGAGAAGGCUGGAUUGAAGCUACCAGAAUAAAGCGUAUAAUAUACACGUAUACCACAGCAAGGACAUUUCUUAGGGCGAGUUCAACCUCGUCAUGAUUGACUGCCCAUUGUUUUCACGUUCGGUGCUGUAUACAUUAUGUACCCGAGAUGUUGCGAAAGUCGUCGUCAG